AUGAGUACCCCUUCCUUGACCAAGACUUUCGACACCUCGCUGGUGGAUGUUCAACGAUCAUUCUCGUCGACAGACACUGCCCCGUCUGAGACCUCUUUCAAGGAGAAUCACCACCCGUUUCAGCCCCAACAGGAUCGCAAUGUGAAGCACGUGUCGACAGAGGAGCUAUAUACCCCGUGGGCGUGAGUGCGAGCACGUCGUUUGCAUCGAGCGCCGGCAACGCUGAUCGAAACAGUCCCACAUAUGAUACGGACGGCAACUUCCUCCAGGCAGUCGAUGAUUUGCAAACGCGAAGUGCACUUCCCGUCCUUCUUGCUCGACUGGAGAGCUAUCCCAACAUUGACAUCCUUGACCUCGGCUGCGGAACAGGGCGGACGACGAUGAAGCUUCUCCAAAAUGCCCGAUCGGGUACACGUAUCGCAGCGUGGGAUGCAAGUGCCGAAAUGCUCGACUUAGCCCGCAAGAAAUGCUCCUCAGCCACUCCAUCCAAUGCCGAUCUGGACUUCCGACAAGUUGACAUGUCGAGACCAGAGAGGCUCCCCUCUGAGAACGUCUUCGACAUCGUGUUCUCGACCCUCGUACUGGAACACAUUGAAGCUACGUCUUUCUUUGGCUCCAUCUUCCGGCUCCUGAAACCCGGUGGUGUCGCAUACGUAUCGAACAUGCAUCCAGAUAUGGGUAUGGCAUCGGUAGCCGGCUUUGACGAUGAAGAUCGGCGGAGGGUUGUGGGCAGAAGUCAUUUGCAUGGUGUUCAGGAGGCCGUCAGUGCUGCCGAAGCUGUCGGAUUGAAAGUACAAGAGGAGAGCGUGAGCGAGGUUGCUGUGACCGCCGAUAUGAUCGACCGUGGACUUGUGCCUGAGCGAGGAAGAAAGUGGAUCGGCAAGAACGUAUGGUUUGGUCUCACGGUGAUGAAAAGAUGA